ACAUUCAAUUCAAACCAACCACUCGCCCACACCACACGACACACACAGAACCGGCAGCAUGAGUACCAAGGAGAAUAGCGAGGUCGCCGUGGAGAAGGUGACGGAAAACGACAAGCCCAUCUCGGACGCCAAGUGCGAGCUCAAGGGCAUCAAGAGGGCGGCCGAGGAUAAGAAUGACGAACCUAAGAAACAAAAGAAGGAGGAGAAUGGCGAUGGUGAAAUAGAGGAAGACGAUGUCGAUGACGAAGUGGAAGCCGACGAGGAAGAGGUGGAAGAUAUCGAUGGAGAAGACGAUGAAGACGAGGACGAUAUUCCAGAACCCGACGACGAACUGGACGAUGGUGAAGAUGACGAGGAGGAUGACGCGGAGGCUGAGGCCGAAGCCGAAGCAGAAGCAGAAGCUGAAAUGGAUGAUGACGAGGACGACGUAUAAUGAAGGAAUGGAGAGCCGCGUGUAAGUAAGAAGGGAGGUGGAGGAGCCCGAUGGUGUGCCCGCAACCAUGUCGUCGUCG